GAACUGACUGCACUAAAUUUCAUCUAUAACGAACAAAUCUCUCAUCUCCGCGAAAAGCCACGUGCGGAGCGAGCUGUCACCUGAUCCCGACUUUUAUGGAAAUAAAAAAAAAGCAGCUUAAAAACCUUAAUAUUUGAAACAUUUAAAUUUUUUUCAAGGAAAAUGAAUGUUAUAUCCUGUGCCACGUGGGUGAAAAGAGGCGUCGCUGCAGCUGUUCCUGAAAAAGUCGAAUUAAAGGCCGACGAGCUAGAAAAGAUUAUAAGGGAGACACAGUCUGUUUUAGAAGAUCAAGAUUCUGACGAAGAGGCAACUACUUCGCAAACGGAUGCAAAAAAGACGGAAAAGUUUCCUGAAGCUGGCGUCGAUGAAUACAACUUUCAAGGCUACGAUGAUGAAUGUGGCAAUAUGUAUUGCGCCAUCUCCAGUUUAGCCAGCUUUGAUGGAACGAAUGGAAAAGAUCCUUUUAUAACAAAUGAUGAUGAAGAUUCAGAGGAGGAGGAUGAUAUUAUCAAGCCUGAUGACAAUCUGGUGCUGGUUGGCCAUGUUGAAAAUGAUGCUAGCAUCUUAGAAGUAUUUGUACAUAAUGAAAGGGAAGGUUCCUUUUAUUGCCAUCAUGAUAUAUUAUUACCUUCAUUUCCAUUAUGUAUAGAAUGGCUCAAUUACGACUCUGCAGAUAUAAAACCAGGAAAUUUAUGUGCAAUUGGCAAUAUGACUCCCAUAAUUGAGAUAUGGGACUUGGAUUUGAUAGAUUGUUUAGAACCAGCCUAUAAAUUGGGCUGUAAACCGAAUAAAAAAAAGAGACAAAAACGUGUUGGCCACAGAGAUGCAGUUCUAGAUAUAGCAUGGAAUCAAAAUUAUACACAUGUGCUUGCUAGCGGUUCGGUUGAUGAAACGGUCUUAUUGUGGGACUUGGAAACUUGCAAACCUGUUACUAAAUUGGAUUUAUUUAAUGAGAAAGUACAAGCUCUGAAAUGGCAUCCAGAGGAGACUCAUCGAUUAUUGACAGGAUGUGCAGACAAAUUAAUAAGAAUAUUCGACUGCAAGGAGGAAAUACUUGUACGAAACUGGAAGGCAUCUGGAGAAGUGGAAAGGGUGUUGUGGGAUUCCAAUGAUCCAAAUUAUUGCAUUGUCAGCACAAAUAAUGGUUACAUAGAAUACUAUGAUGUAAGAGGAGACAAGCUAGUAUGGCAAAUCAAAGCUCACGAAAAAGAAGUUACAGGUCUUUGUACAUCGUGUCGAGGUCUGUUAGUUUCUUGUUCAAACGACGGUGUAAUGAAGAUAUGGGAUCUUCUCAAGCACACGACUCCUACUCUUUUAUGGGAACAAUCGAAUAGUUUAGGGGCUAUUCAAUGUCUUGCAGUAAACCCGAAUAAUCAAUUUAUAUUUGUCGCUGGCGGGGAUAAUAAAGCACACAAUCUUCAAGUGAUAGAUCUCAGGGAGAUUCCUAUAGUGCGACAGAAUUUCAUGGCUGGAAAUUCGGAAUUCAAGCAGAAGCUAGUGGACGUCACCAACGACAUAGAAGACAUGGAAAUUGAAAGUCUGCCAUCGCCAAGUGCAUCAAGCUAAAAAAGAAAAAAGGAAAACUUGAAGUAUAUCUUUGUGGCACAUUAAGAUUCAUACGUGUACAUAUGUGUCUGAUAAGAUAAUUAAUUAAUUUAAAAUAAUUAAUUAUUAAAAUAAUUAAUUAUUAAAAUAUGCUCAAAUUUGUUUCUCAAAACAUGUGAUUUAUUAUUUCCCUGCUAACAAUGUAAUGUUAACAUGCCGAUUAUUUGUCAAGAAUAUUAAGUCUUGUACAAUAUGACAUCUUUGUUGAGAAUAACUGACAGUAUUUUACUCCAGCAUUCGAUCAAGUACGAUGAGUAAUCAUUGUAACAUUAUAUAGAGCUUGUGCAUUAAAAGAAAUUACUUGUAAUAAAAUAGGUUCUUAAUUUACAAUAUCAUGUGCGACGAUGUAGGGACAAGAACAUUUAUUUAUUCUCUUGGAGGAACUACAAAAAAUCCUGAAAGAUGCAUUUGAAAGAACAUUGUUAUAUAGAAUUUAAAAAUUUUGUAUAAACUUGAAAAUAUGUUCCACUUUGAAUUCUCUCUCGUGUUCCAUUUAAAAUAUACAGAAUAUAUUUGUAUCGUAUAGAGACAAGCAGAUUACAUAGUAAGAUGGAAACUGUAAAACUUAUAUGAUCCCACAAAUUUGUAAAAAUAUUUGAUGCACACGUUUCUCUUUGUAAAAGUGGUUAUCUGAUUUUAUUCAUCUGGUAAUUAUUAUUUGUAGUUAUCUGAUAAUUACCUGAUUAUUUAACAAUUGGACAUCUGCAAAAGCUACAGGUUUUAUGCAACG